AUUGAUUCCAAGGUAGUACCUUUGAUUACCACCUGGAGUUUCCUAUUUGUCUAUCUGACACCACUUGUUGCCUCACGUUCCGCGUUCUCCACCUGUUCACAUCCACAAUUUAUGGAUUUUAAUUUGUGUUCCGGACUAUGCUGAUUUCCCAACAAAACGAAUUGACUUCUAGACUGUCGUCUUCAUCUCAAAUCAACGAAAUCACCCACUUCAAGCCUGCAAUUCUGUCCUUCCCAGCCGAUUGGAUUAGUACCUCUGUCAUCUGCUUCGGUCUUUGCGAAUUGAGCAUCCGCGUUGCCACUGCAGCACCCUUCUAAAAUGUCGUCGUUCCCUAUGAUGAGCACUGUCCAUCAUUGUCGCAACCACCGUCAUUCCGUUGAGAAGGUUCGGGUAAGAAAUCGUCUGGUAUCUUGUGACAACCUCAAUUCACUAUUUACAGGUAGAUGAUACCGUUGUGGAGAUGAAGACACCACCCCGACUGAUUAUGCCGGAGAUGACCGCAAUGACUGUACAAAGUCUUUCAUCGCCGCACAGUGCGCCAGUCACGCCACCUGUGAGCACUCCAUUGACUUCACCGGUCUCUAACAUAGCAGUAGUUACGCUUAAACCGAUUUGCAGGCCAAUUAUUGGUAAGUCAUUUGCUGAAUGUUUUAAUCGAUAUCAUGUGAUUUUAACGGUUAUCUUAUUACAGGUAUCUUCCGCAAAGAAAGUUUCAUGUCGAAUGUCCCAUUUAUCUUUCCUAAUCAGAAUUGAUACCGAGAGUUGAAAAUGGAGUUCAUUGCGUAGUUGAAUCAAAUUGUUAGUUUGCUUCAUAUUAUUUUCUCGAAUUAUUUUAUUAAAUUUUUUUUAUUAUAAUCUCUCUUCUAAAUACUCUCUUGAAACUUUGAAUGUUCUUUCUCUUUUACAUUUUCCAAUAAAGCAUUGCAAAAACGUACAA